ACAUUCACCUUCGAGUCCAACUCAGACAGAGGAAGAUGACGAGUUUGGAACUGAUGUACACCACUAUUGCGCUAAAAUGGCAUUGGAAUAUUAUAACAAGAAAAAUGGGAAGAGGUAUGAACUUGUGGAGGCUGGGUGUAGUUCUGGCUUUCUAGCUCCUGGCAUCUGUUUUCACAGCAACUUCAAGGCUAGGCCAUGCAGGAAUACCUGCGGAGAUGGGAAUGAGAAGACCUCCACCGAGCUCUUCUUUGCUGAGAUUCAUUUUGACUCUAAACUCCGAAGAAAUAUUCACUACAAAAAAACACGCGUGUAGUCACGGAGCG